CACUGAUUUAAAGGAGAGAGGAGUGUCUCUGGAGGAGCUAUAACCGAGGAACAAUUCUGGAGAACUGGAUCUGCUGAGGAAGGAGCUGCCAUCCACACAGGACCCCCGUGGUGCUGGAGGAAUCUAAACGGCAUCAGGGACAUCAUCCUCCCAAACCUCUGCUUCCUGCCGUCCAGCUGAACAGCAGCUCAGGAAGCUUCAGACAGUGUGUUGAACGGGAAGUGGUGAUUUAGUAAACAUGAGUGUUGUCCUGCUCUCGUUGGUGAAGCAGCGACUCACUGCGGCUGCUGAAGACAUCUUUGUUCUGUUUGAAAGAACGAUAGCAGAGUACGAGGAGGAACUGUCUCGUUCAAAACAGGAGCACGAGAGACACCGGAAACUACUGGACGCUGUUUUACAGCCUCAGCUUCAGAUCCACAGAGCAGACGUCCAGCAGCUGGUGGUGGUUAAAGAAGAGGUUCCCCCUGAGCAGCAGGAGUGGAGCUCCAGUCUGGACCAGGAGGACCCAGAGCCCCCCCCACACAUUAAAGAGGAACAGGAGGAACUCUGGAGCAGUCAGGAGGGAGAGCAGCUUCAAGGGCUGGAGGAGGCUGAUAUCACCAAGUCCACAUUCACUCCUGUCCCUGUGAAGAGUGAAGAUGAUGAAGAGAAACCUCAGUCCUCUCAGCUUCAUCAAAGACAAACUGAACACCUGGAAACAGAAGCUGAUGGAGAGGACUGUGGAGGACCAGAACCAGCAAGGAGCUCAGAUCCAGAGAGACAUUUACAACCAGAGACUGAGGACCACCCUGGAGACUCUUCUGAACCUGACACUGAAGACAGUGCUGAUUGGAAGAAGACCAGAGAACCAGCUUCAAACUUUCAGAGAAAUAAACAAGACACUGUCAGUGAUUCAGGACGUAGUGCAGUAGAGAAACCAUUCAGCUGCUCAGUCUGUAAGAAAACGUUUACGUAUAGAAGAAGUUUAAAUAGACACAUGAGAGUCCACACAGGAGAGAAACCACACAGCUGCAGUGUUUGUGACAAAAGAUUCAUCCAGAGUAAUCAUUUCAAAAUCCAUAAGUGUGUUGGUCGUCAGUCCUCACAGCUUCAUCAAACUGAGGAGAACAGAGAGGCAGAGCCUCCAGCCAGCAGCUCAGCUGAACACAUGGAAACAGAAGCUGAUGGAGAGGACUGUGGAGGACCAGAACCAGCCAGGAACUCAGAUCCAGAGAGACAUUUACAACCAGAGACUGAGGACAACCCUGGAGACUCUUCUGAACCUGACACUGAAGACAGUGCUGAUUGGAAGGAGACCACAGAACCAGGUCCAAACUCUCAGAGAAAUAAAAAAGACCCUGUCAGUGAUUCAAGAAGUAGUGCAGGAGUGAAACCGUUCAGCUGCUCAGUCUGUAAGAAAUAUUUUACACAGAGAGGAGAUUUAAAUAGACACAUGAGAGUCCACACAGGAGAGAAACCGUUCAGCUGCUCAGUCUGUAAGAAAUAUUUUACACAGAGAGGAGAUUUAAAAAGACACCUGAGAGUCCACACAGGAGAGAAACCAUUCAGCUGCUCAGUCUGUAGGAAAUAUUUUACAGGGAGAGGAGAUUUAAAAAGACACAUGAGAGUCCACACAGGAGAGAAACCAUUCAGCUGCUCAGUCUGUAAGAAAUAUUUUUCAGCGAGUGGAGAUUUAAAUAGACACAUGAGAGUCCACACAGGAGAGAAACCAUUCAGCUGUUCAAUUUGUAAGACAUCUUUUAAAUUGAGAGGAAAUUUAAAGAAACACAUGCGAACCCACACAGGAGAGAAACCAUUCAGCUGCAGUGUUUGUGACAAAAAAUUCACCCACAGCCAUCAGGUCAAAAGACAUAAGUGUGCAGGAAAGAAAACAUUUGGCUUGUAUUUGAGUGAGAAAAUAUUAGGAACCUAGUCAAAUCUUAAUAAACACAUGAGAAUCCACACAGGAGAGAAACCACACAGCUGCAGUGUUAGUGACAAAAGAUUCACCCAGAGUCAUCAUUUCAAAAUCCAUAAGUGUGUUGGUUGUCAGUCCUCACAGCUUCAUCAAACUCAAACUGAGGAGAUCAGAGAGGCAGAGCCUCCAGCCAACAGCUCUACUGAACACAUGGAAACAGAAACUAAUGGAGAGGUCUGUGGAUGACCAGAACCAACCAGGAGCUCAGAUCCAGAGAGACAUUUACAACCAGAGACUGAGGACAACCCUGGAGACUCUUCUGAACCUGACACUGUAGACAGUGAUUGUUAUUAGGUUUAAACUCUUUGGGCAAGUCCCUGUAAGUGAUAUAUAUUGUGAUACCUUCUCCGAGUGUGAUAAGACAUUUUUGGUCAAAUCUGCAUGUGCAACAAAAAAAGAUGACAAUUAAUUAGUAAUAUUCAUACAUGACUUCAUCUAAACUCCAUCUUUAUCAACAGAAGUCGACAAUAUGUUUAAUGUUUUUCUCAUAAUGAUCUGCUGAUUUAUACUAUAACCACUGACUGUUGAUUAACGACUUUAUUAUUAUUAAUACUAAUAAUAAUGGACUUCCGGUAUGAGCGCAAGCGAGUAAGCCGCGCUUAACCCUGCUCCGCUACAAUCCUUUCGAAGUCCUGUAUAAAACUACAGAACUGUUCCCAGAAAGUGUGGGCAACUUUUUGUAUCGAAGAAGCGAUACCAAAUCUUGGAAAGUCAAACAGAGAAAGGGGGAAAACACAGACGCAAGCAAAGUUAACUAACUCCGGGGCACAAAGCAUGGAGCACAGAGCUAGCCAAGAGGCUAACACCGAGCUCACCGGGGCUAAAGAAGAAAUACUGACAGCAAUAGGCAGCUUAAAGUAGGAGUUUUCAAACAGACUGGAAGAGAUUCUGACUGCUGUUGAGGAAACUAGGAAGGAUCUGACUGACUGUACUGAAAGAAUAACACAAGCAGAGGUGCGUUUAUCAACAGAGGACGAGCACGCUGAAUUACAAGAGACAGUUAAAACACUGAUGAAAAAAAAACACGUUCUGGAAGAUGAAGUCGUGGUGAGGGUGGUGAACCUGCCUGAGGGCGCUGAGGGCCCGGACACUUGCUCAUUUCUGGCAGGCUGGAUACCGGAGGCGUUUGACUUGGGUCCCCUGUGGUGCCCGAUAGUGAUGGAAAGAGUGCGUCGGGCCGAGGAGAGACAGCGAUACUCCACCGAGAACUUUGAUAAUGAGAUUUCUGAACUAUAAGGACAAAGUCACAGUGAUAAAGGCAGCUAAGGCAAAAAAAGACAUCCUCUACAAAAACCAACAGGUGCGGUUUUAGUACGACCUCGCCAAUGAAGUGCACAAACAACGAGGCAGUACGACUCAGUGCGCCAGCAGCUGCGGAACCUGGGCCUCAGCUUCAAACGCUGGCGUUUUUUCUGGAGUAAUUAUAUUGAUACAAGUAGCGAGGAGUAGGAAUCGCUUUUUUUCCCUUUACGUUCGUAUCGCAUCGGUCUCAGAAGGCUGAGUGGACCAAACUUGACCCACUCUACCAUGCUGCACUGCGAUAUAUAUAUCAAAUGCAACCUAUAGUACUCAUUGCAAACUGUAUAGCCUAACUGGAUGGUCCUCACUUAGUAUGCGUAGGAUGCAGCAUUGGUUUUUAUUAAUGUAUGAAGCCAUUUUAGGUAAGCUUCCACUGCAUAUGUGCCAGAUUUGCUCCAGUUUUGUGACUCUUACACCUCAGAUCCAGUGCCUGGAUACGGUUCCAGGUACCUGCUGUGCGGACUGAGGCUGGAAAAAGGAGUCUGUUUCAUGAUGGUCCUUGGUCUUGGAAUGACCUUCAAUCACGCCUUAAACUGACGGCACUUGUCCCUAUAGCCUGUUUUAAAUUGAAGUUGUCUGAGGUCCUUACCACCAGCUGCUCUUGCAGUAAUAAGUAGUACCUUUCCUACUGUCCCAAAAGUGCACAAUGUAGUGACUGCUUUUCAGUUUUGUUUUGUUUACUUAGUUGUGUUCUCUGUAUUUUAUAUGUCUGUGUUAUAUGCAACGUUGCUGCCUUCUUGGCCAGGUCAGCAUUGUAAAUUAGAUUUGAUCUCGUAAAUAAAGGUAAAAUAAAAAAAGGACUGAUCCAGGAUCCGUUCACAACAGUAGCUGGAAGCAAAGUAUAGAUUCCCAUUCAGAGAAUGGGGUUAUUUUGUUACUGUGGUUCAUUAUGUUUACAGUAUGUGCUAGUGUUUAAGUGUGUCAACCCUUUCAUACAUGACAAUCUUGUUAACAGCACUUCGUGGUAUACUGUGUCUCAAAAAAGUAGAACUUAAAUGCAUCUCCUGGAAUUGCAGAGGUUUACAAAAGACUAAGAAAAUCAAACAAGUGAUGAAUAAGCUGAAAGACACUGAUUCAAAAAUUGGUAGGAGGUGGAAGGGGAGCAUUGAUGCAUCGUCAUUUACAUCACAAGCAAGGGGAGUCAUGACUCUUAUCCAAAAAUCAGUGCUCUUUCAAGUUUCUAAUGUCAUUAAGGAUACAUUUGGUAGAUAUUUGGUUAUCCAGGGAUCACUGCUCUCAGUUACUUUGAAUUUGGAACAUAUACAGCCCCAAUACAGAUGAGCCUGGCUUCUUUACAAAUGUAUUUCUUACACUUGCAUCUCUCCCAGGAGAAUAUAUAAUUGCAGGGGACUGGAACUGUACACUAGAUUCAAGCAGGGACCGAUCUACAGGUGUUGAUCAAACUCCCACUAGAAGUAGAACAACUAUUCAACAUUUCAUUCAAGAGAUACAUCUGGAGACACCUGAAACCUAACUAUAUUACUUACUCGUCUCACUCAAGUACUUUUCAGACAUAUUCACGGAUAGAUUACUUUUUAAUCUCUGCAACGUUAUGUUAAAAAAUACAGGACUGUUACUAUGGCAGUAUAUUAAAGGUUCCAUGUCAUGGCCAUUUCUACUGAUCAUAAUUCCAUUGUUGAGGUCUACUAAAAUAGAUUUAUACUGUGCAAUUUUCCAAACUCACAUUGGUUUUGCAUACAGCAUCUCUGUAAAGUAUGUGUAUUCAGCGGUAUUCACUCUCUGUCCUAAACGGCUCGUUGGAGCUCUUGCCCCCCCUGUGAGCCCAGUUUAUUUUUUACAGUAAAUGUACUAUAUAAUAUUUACAUUAUUUUUGCACUUUCAGAAAAUGCAUGCAGAUGUACGUAAAAUAAAAAUUAUUAUCUGUAAUUAAAUAUGUAACUCGUUAUAUGAAAGUGUAUUACUAUUAUAAGACUAUAAGAUAUUUCUUUGUAAUUUUAAGGUAAACAUAAAACUGUAAAAAAAAGCGUCAAAUAAAAAAAACGUAAAAUGUAAGUAAAACAUUUUUACAUAAAUCAUUUUCUCAAUAUUCGAUUGAAUCCACCACAAA